AUGGCUAAUAGACAAGUUAGGCCUGUUAUAACUUCAAGGCCAAGUUCAACAAUUUCUGAAGAUUUGGUUUAUAAUUACGCUCUUCGCAUUGCUUACUUAUCUUAUUUAACUGAACCUAAAGUUUCAAAAGCUCCAAAGACUACUCCCCCUCCCGUUCCUGCUGCAUUAGAGGAUUUAAAAAAUUUAAUCAACAAUGUAAAUCGAAAUGAUCCUUUUCCUGCCUGUAAAGAUGAUUUUGAAUCAAAUGAUGCUUACAAUAAUUGGAAGGCUAUUGAACUUAAAACUAUCUCGGAUAUAAUAGCUACAAUGGUUAGAUUUAAUCCAAACUUAGGUCCAAAGGCUUCCAAAGAGGUUUUGACUACACUUUUAACAAGUAGUUCUAAUCCUUCCAAAAGAUCUUCUUCUCCAAAUUCAUUAUCUUCAAAUCCAAACAGAUCAACAUAUUCUGUUUGA